GAGAGAGAGAGAGAGGAGGGAGGGAGAAGAGCGCACAGCUUGUCUCUCUCUGCAGAGCUUACAAGGACAGUGAGUGUUCGCGAGAGCCAGAGAGCGAGAGCAGCACAGAGUUGAAGCUCAGCAUCAGAUGUGUGAGGUAUCUGCUUCAGUAGCAUACAGUAUGACCUCCAUACUGACCGUGACAUACAACUGACCACACUCUCCAGCACCACGGAGAGCGAAACCAUUUCAUCAGGAGCAUCUUUCAACAGCAGACUCUGGGGACCACAGAAGUUUCAGGACUUGUUUUUCUUAUAUUUUUUCAUCCAGUCUAGGAAUUUACUGUCCAUUUUCCUCUUUUCUAGAGGAGAAAGACUGUGUUUUUUACAGUGGUACCCUUGCGCUCUGGAAUACACGUCUGAAUGAGAGUGUGUGCAAGCCUCUCUAAGCUCCAGGGUCAUUGCUGAAGGAAGCACUGGUGAUAGAAAGCUCUGCAGCCACAGUCCUGGUGUGUAAAAGACUGCUUGACCAUGAGUGAAUCUAAGAAGAGCGAGGUGGAUCUGAGGGACAAAGCCAUCAUGCACCAGCAGAGGCGGCUGAAACAGGCCACGCAGUUCACACACAAGGACUCGGCCGACCUGCUGCCCCUGGACGGCCUCAAGAGGCUGGGCACUUCUAAAGACUUGCAACCCCACAGUAUCGUGCAGCGACGACUCCUGGAGGGCAACAUCCCUAGGCUGCGUGGGGACGCCCGGGACCUCCCGUCCCGCGUUCGCUCGCCCCUUGCCGACAAUAAAGAGGGAGGCGAAACAGAGGAGAGGAGUGAGAGCACAGUGGACGACUCCACAGAGGAGAGGGAAUCACCAGAGGAGAGCGAGAGGAGCCUGAGGUCUGAUGAAGAUGAUGAAGAGGAGGAGGAGGAGGAAAAUGGAGACAGCAGUGAUGUUGGGGGGAAAGCAGAGCUCAAGCAAAAACAAGGAGAAUUGGAGACACAGAGAGAGAAGGCAAGAGGGCAAGCAAGAACGGAGGAGAGAGUGAGAGCGUCCACCCUGUCUGCCCUGCUGCUGCAGUGCAAGUGCGGUGAUGCUGAGGUGAAGGUGUCCAUCAACACAGGCUGUCAGCACAACCACAUCUCCAGCACAUGCUGCAGAAGACUGGGACUGAAAUCCAGCUCAGAGAGUAAACCUCCCGGUGUUUCCAGGGUGAACACUGUGACAUCCCUGCAGCUGCAGUUGGGAAAAGAGAGAGUGCAGUGUUCUGCUCAGGUCGUAGAUGACGAAGCAUUUGAGAUACGCCUGGGCCUACACACCCUGCAGGAACUCAAAUGCUGUGUUGACCUUAAUGCCAGAGUGCUCCGGUUCCACAGUACCGGGCAGGAGCUUCCCUUCUUGGAGACACCCGCCUGCAGCCAGUGCCAUCACCAUGACGACAACAAGAACCUGUGACCUUUGACUUCCCCCUUUAUCACAUCCAAACCCCCUGCUUCAAAGGGGAAGGUACAGGAGAAGAAUUUGAUGAAGAAAGUUUGACUGGACUACAGCAUCACUCAAUGUCUACACAUGGCCAGAACAACUCUGUCCUUCCCUUUUAGCCUCCUCUUUUUCUCCCCCCUUUUAUUCCACAUCUUUGUGUUGUUUUUUUGUCAUUUAUAGCUAAUUGCAAACCCUCCACCUCCUCCCAAUUUAUUACAUAAAUCUUCAUUUUGUGGAACAAAUGUAGGUUAUAAGGGAGGGCUGGUUUUAUAUGGGUUGUUCUCUCUAAAUUGCUUUCUUUAUAUAAUCAGACCAAAUAUAAUUAAUAUGAUUAAGCCAUGAAAGUAUAUAGGAAUUUGGGUAGAAACAUAUUAAAAUGACACAUAUAUCUUUGUGAUUUGGUGUAGUAAUGAUUGAUUUGGAAAUUAAGGCUUAUGAUGAGUCUCAGAACUAGAAAUGCCUUAACUUAUUAAUAUUGAAAAAGCUAGCAAAAAGGAGCUAGCGUUUUUAAGCUAAUACCAAAGCAAAAACUGUUAUUAUAUAUAUUGGACACACCCAGGUCUUUGGCUUAAAUUGGAAUUUUUUUGUUAAAACCAAUGACUGUAUAAAGCAUGGAUGUCGUAAAUUAAUUUCCUUUAGUUCUAUAGAAAUAAAGUCUGUUAAUAAAGUAAAUUGUCUGCAAUUUAAGGUCAAAGGCAAACCAAAGGCAAAGUCCAGUCUAAAAGACCCGAGGCAGAUAUGUCUCUUCCCUCGAUUAACCAGUAAGUAUAAUGCAACAAAAGUUCAAGUGCGGUUUAUGUAUUUUAUUUCAGAAACAAUUUACAUUUGCAUUAAAUUAAAAUACUAGAGCAAGUUCCAGUAAUGAAUAAAAUAGUAUUUAAACUUGGUCCAGAUAGGUCCAUUGCAGUGUUCUUAACAGAAAUACUGCAAUGAGAGAUUGACUACAACUCCAUGUAAUGAACAGAGAGGUCCUACUACAGCCUGGUCUUCACUUAAUACCUUAGUGUAACCCUGCCUUCUUACAAUAUAGUACUAUAAUGUUAAAAUGAAGAUGGAAAGGUCCAGCGGGCUAAGGGAUGCCACUAUGAUCAGGAGAUCACCGGUUUGAAUCCUGUUCAUGUAGUUUGCCAUCAGAUGACAGAGCCCUGAGAGAGCAGAUGGAGCUCCAAAGGGUGAUGUGGAUCAGCACAAGGUGUCUGUGAACUGAUGUAGUCGCUGCGCUUUCCUCCGAGCACGCUGACUUCUCAGCAAUGCUGCAUCGGCAGCAGUUCGAAAGAGACUUCACCCUCCUGGUGUUGGGGCAUCAUUAGUGAUGGGGGGAGUCCUAAAAAUUGGGGAGCUCUGUAAAACUGGGGUAAAAAAUGGGAUAAAAAAUAGAAAUUAAAUUAUUUAAAAAUUCAGAUGGAAAACCGGUUUAGAGGAGAAAAAUUAGAUGGACAGUUAGCUGGUUUGUGUUUAAAACAGAGACACUAGGCCUUUGGUGGCUUUACUUGGGAGAGAUGUUGCGUUAUCCAUGCUUUUCCACAGUCACUGGUGCAAAGUAUGAAAAAAAUACUAUCUAAAAGUGAAACUCUUUCUUAAUACAUUUUACCCACAGGACAACACAGGGAAGAACAUCAUUAGCACCUACUGCUAGGCAGAACGUCUGUCUGCUCACUCUCUCAAAUGUUAAUUGAGCCCUUGGGCCGACUGUCGACUCUGUAUGUAUGUCAGAUGUAUCAGAACAUUCCAGAUGAGAAAUUUUGUAGAUGUAUAUCCCUUUUUUAUUUUGUAGAAUCAUCUUUUGUAAGUAAAUCUAAACUGGGGUAAGUGUUUGGGACUUGUGUUGCUAGCAUCUUCUGGAGCCUUUUGUGUUUUCUAACGAUUUGUGUUAAACAUUUGUAGUUAGUUAGGAUUACGACUAAAACUGGUCCACCACUUCUAAAGCCAAGUUCCUGUUGAACACAAAAUUCCAGCCUUGCCUGCCUUUGCUCACGUCACUUCUGUGAGCAGGACCGUAACAUGUGAGUCUUUACUCACGAACAAGGCCUCACAUAGUUUGCGUUCACUCCUAAAGCACCUGCUUUGUGUUAGUUUCAGUCAGAAAUCUGCCUGGUGCAGCUUCUCGUAGCUCAGACCUGCUAUGACUAACAUUAAGACUUCACAGCGGCUCAUUUGGUUUCUGCAGUCCAGGCCUCUGUGAUGGAGAGAACACGUCAAACGGAAAGGGCGCCUGCGUCUCGCGCGCUGCCCACACAGCACUUGCCCUUGAUCCUCUUUGAAUGGUGUGAGUAACCAAGAGGACAGCACACAAUGCUCAAUCUGCUAAAUCAUCUGACCUCUGUCACUUUCAGCGCUGCAGCGGAUCUCUCGUCGGAGGUCGUUCACGCUUAGAUUCGCUCUGCUUUUGUGUCGCCUCUGACGUACUGCGGUUCUUUGUGUGCUGUGGAGGAAGGAAAAUUGAUGUACAAGAGAGUUUAUUUUUGGUGGUUUUUUUUUUUCUUUUCUCUGAACUGUAUUUUAUCUGCCUAAUAAAAAAAUAUGUAUUCUGGCUAUAAA